AUGAGAAACUUUAUUCAAUCUGUUGAUAUUGAAGCAUGGCAAAGAAUUGUUAAAGGUCCUGAAAUUCCAUUAGAAUUGCAUGCUGAUGGUUAUAGAGAAAAACUAGAAGAUGAAUAUAAUGAACUUGAUUGGAAGAAAGUUUCUUCAAAUGCUAAAGCUUUAAACAUUCUACAUUGUGCACUUGAUGCAACUGAGUAUAAUCGUAUUUCAGGUUGUACAUUUGCAAAAGAAGUGUGGGAUAAACUUGAAGUCACAUAUGAAGGGACUAAUCAAGUAAAGGAAUCAAAAGCCAAUAAGCUUGUUCGAGAAUAUGAACUAUUUGAGAUGAAACCUGGAGAAACCAUUUCAGAAAUGAGCAAAGAUUUACUGAUCUGGGAAACAAAAGUAACAGUGAUCUUUGACACCAAAGACUUCUCCAAAUUCACUUAUGAUCAACUGAUUGGUUUUCUUAUUGCUCAUGAAAUGCUUUAUGAUAAGAGCAAGAGUAAUAAUUCAAAGGACAAGAGCAACAAAGCUCUGGUUGCUAGCUGGAUGGAUAAUGAUGACUCCUUAAGUGAUAACUCUAGUGACAAAGAGGUUGCACACAUUUGUUUCAUGGCUCUAGAAGAGGAUAAACCAGAAAGCUCUCAACAAAGAGAAAUCAACACUGCGGUAAAUAAUUCUGACUCUCUUAAUAUUGAAGACUAUGAAGAUGCAUUUGCCAAAUUGUAUAAAGAAUAUAAAGUUUAUAAGAAAAAAUGUUAUAUUUUAAACAAAGAAAUUGCUUCCUUAAGAUCAAAAAAUAAUUAUAUGAGUAUUAUUGUGCAAGAAAAUAAGUUUUAUAAAAAUCAAAUGCUCUUGUUUGAUGAGUUGAAUAAGGAGUUAGAAGAUUCAAAAUUUGCUUGUGAAAAACUCAUUGAGAAAAAUAGGAUUCUAGAAACCAAGGUGGAAUCUUUGACAAAUGAUUUAGCUAAAUUUACCAAUGGCACACAAAUUCUUGAUACUUUACUUGGUUCUCAAAGAUUGUCAAAUAAAAAAUCUGGUCUUGGUUAUGAUGGAUUCAUGCACUAUGAAAAAUACAAAAAUUUCUUUAUGAAAGCUUCCUCUUAUUCAUUACCAAAUGUUAUUUGCUUCUAUCGUAACCAAAAUGGUCAUAUGGUUAGUCAUUGUCCUAUAAGGAAAGGUAUGUUUAGAAGCAAGCAAGAGUGUGAACAAUGGUAUGUUGAUAGUGCUUGCUCAAGAUACAUGACAGGAGAUAAAGAAAAAUUCUCAAACCUUACCUUGAAAAGUGGUAGACAUGUGAGAUUUGGUGACAAAGGCAAAGCUUACAUCAUUGGAAGUGGCUCUAUUAGGAAAAAUCCAAGCAUAAAGGAUGUUACACUAGUUGAAGGUCCUAGAACCCCUCAACAAAAUGGAGUUGUAGAGAGGAAAAAUAGAACUUUACAAGAAAUGAACAACAAGAAGGAUAACCUCCAAAAGUUUGAUGUAAAAUCAGAUGAAGGUAUUUUUCUAGGAUAUUCAAUGCAUAGCAAAUCUUAUAGAGUCUUUAAUAGGAGAACUUUGUUAGCUGAGGAAACCAUUCAUGUUGUAUUUGAUGAAACUAACAACUUCUUAGAAAGAAAGAUUAUUUGUGAUGAUGAUGAACUAGGUAAAAUUUUUGGAAGAAAAAGGGAUGAGACUCAAAAGUAA